CUGAGCGCCUGGCCAAACUGUGGGGAGAACGGAAGGGCAAGCCACAUAUGAACUAUGACAAGCUCAGCAGAGCACUGAGAUAUUACUACAAUAAACGGAUUCUGCACAAGACCAAAGGGAAAAGAUUCACCUACAAAUUUAACUUCAGUAAAUUGAUUCUGGUGAACUACCCCAAUCUGCCUACAUGCCAACAGGUGGUUCAGCCUGGAGCCUCUGUUCCAUUCUCUCUGUCCUCUCAGGGGUCUUCACUGUACAGCCCACAGGACACAGCUCUGCUAUCCAUCUCUCACCCUCUGCUGCUCCCUUACUGCUUCCCAAAGCCCCUCCCCUUUCCUCAGGUUCAUCCAAUCCAGGGACAGUUUCCUCUGUUUUCAGCUCCACCCACUUCAGCAUCUAACCUAUCAGAGCUCUCCCACCUGACACCAUUCAACAAUGCCCUAUACCUUGCCCAGACUUUAAAUGGUUGGUCAACCAAGAGUAGCACAGGGGUAUUUAAACAGAGUCACGGAACCGGGAAAGAGUGAUGACCGUGAAGGACAAGAAAGAAAGCGAGAAAGAGAGAAAAAUGGAGGAGAGAAGCUGAAGAGACUUCAUCUCCACUGGGUAGAGCACAUUUAAAGGUCCCAUUAGAGCACAUUUAAAGGUCCUAUCAGGAAUUGCUAGAACUUGCAGACUAGUUUUUUAUUCUUGCACCACUAACA